GAGAGUGUGUCUGAGAGAGUGUUUGAGAGAGUGUGUCUGUCUGAGAGAUAGACUGGGCAACUGUUGGACAUGGAGCCCCGGACCUCAAGACUUCUUCAGCCUUAUCUGAUGACUCCCAGAGCGCCCGUCACGGUCAUCGUUGCUAUCAUGGCAUUAAUGCAGAUCUUAUGCUGCGUGAUAGUUGGAUUGCAUCUGACAGGGCAUUUUCAGGUGCAUGGGGCUGAUCGGGCCCCUGCUGCAGGAGAGACUCCAGCUGAACCCCAGCAGAAGCAGCACACCAGAGUCCCUAAAAGGCAUAAGAGCCGGACCCCAGUGGCUCACCUGCCCAUAAAUCCUGCCAGCGCAAGCGGCCAGCGAGACGUCCACGCCACCAUCGUCCACUGGAGCGCAGACCGCGGUCACCUCGCCCAGCUUCAGUACCGCGACGGCCGGAUCCUGUUCCGCAAGCCCGGCCAGUACUACGUGUACGCCCAGACCUGCUUCCGCUACUACAACGAGCCCGAGGUGAGCGCUGCUCCGUCGUCGCGUCCGGCCGCGUCGUCCAACACGGGUCAUCAGCACGCGCCGCCCGCCCCGCCCGCCGCCCCCAGCCCGGUCCAGCUGAUCCAGUACGUGUUCCUGGAGCGGCCCAACCGCGGCUCCCCGCUGCGCUCCAGCCUGGUGAUGAAGGCGGGUAGCACCCAGCGCUGGCACAGCGGGUACCACAUGUCCUGCCAGCACCAGGGACGCGUGGUGGCGCUGCGGCCGGGAGACGGGCUCUACGUCAGCGUGGCCAACGCCUGGAUGCUGGACCCCGAGGCAGAGGGCAGCUACUUCGGCGCGUUCAGGGUCGCCGAGUGAAGCGCGUGGCGUUAGCGUAGCGUAGCGUAGCGUUAGCGUAGCGUAGCGUAGCGUAGGGGGGCGCUGGACAGAGGGAGCCGAGCGGAGACUGGACAUCUCUGCUCUGGACAUCAGCUUGGGACGUGCAUGGCUCCAACUCAAUCACAUAAUGACAGUGGUACCACGAGACUGUAAGGACGAACUGUGUGUGUGUGUGUGUGUGUGUGUGUGUGUGUGUGGUCCUCAAAUGUGUUUUGUAAUUGAGUCUUGUUUCACACCACAGCCUAUGUAGUUUAGCUAUUCUUGAGAUCACAAGGGAAAAAGGAUUCGUACUGUAUAACAAAAACACACAGACCAAACAUGCAGGGGACAAGCGUGAGGAGCUAUGGAGGCCCCCAGCCUGGAGACGGGCUUUUGGAGAAUGGAUGGAGGUUACAUCUCAGAGAAUGGAGGAACAUUAGUGUGACCUUCAUCUGAUGAAAGUCAGAAAUGUGUGCUAUGUAGUUAGCUUUUGUCUUCAGUCUUAAUUUAUUUAGUUUGCUUUACCAUAAACUAGACCCAGAUGAGUUUAAGAUGUGCUUUGUUCUCGUAAUGGUAAACAUCUGUAUUCGGGACUAAAGUGGUAAACAUCUGUAUUCGGGACUAAAGGGGUAAAUAAUGACGUGUGGUGGGCAGAACGUCUGUCCUCAGGGACUCCAUUACCACCAGCAUCAGACAGAACAUAAAUAUAAACAUUUGAUUAAACAUUUAGCAUUAAAUUCCACUCAAGGCCUUUAAGGACUCCAGAGUGUUGAUGUGUAGUGUAGUGUAGUGUAGGAACAACCUGUUUCCCAGACGACGUGCGCAGAAGAGCUGUUCUGGUCAAGUUGGAUGGCGUGCAGCGUGAGUAAGCGCCCAGGGGACGGCUUUACAGGACGACUGCGCUAAACACAAAGCACUUCUUCUAAAUCAGAUUACGAGUGUUGCGAGGCCCUUUCACAAUCAUCAUGGCUGCUCUUGCUGCAGUCUAGCAUGGUCUGCCUGUUGAGUCUUGCUGGAGUGCCUCUUGAGUUGUUUUUGUUAGUGAUUUGUAGAGCUUCAGUGAUGGCGUCGAUGUCUUCAAAUUAUCCUGUUGUCAUGUAGUUAUUUUCUGUUGUUUUCAAACUAUUAGCUUCAGGCUUAAUUCAUUAUAAUGUUUAUGUUAUGCCACCACAGUAUGGGGCAUUUUUGUUGUGUCAGAGAGAGAGAGAGAGAAUAUUAAUGUAAACCAUUUAAAGGUGUUUAUUGUUUUUCCCCCAUUGGAUUGUCCACACUGACAUUUCAAAACAGUGCCCCAGAGAGGUUCUGCAGGAUGUUCUAUUUUGGUGUUUGACUCAGUCCAGAUGGCCUCACCUUACCUUACAUGCCCUUAGAACGGAACAGUCGCGUCAAUGCCCUUAGAACAGUCACGUUAAUCCAGAAUGCUUGAUCUGCAUUCCACUGUCUCCACGGAACAUUUACCCAGCUCAUCCACACCACACCGCACUCAAGACAGCACAUUCCAUUAGAAAGACUGCUGUCAUUUGUUCUGCAAGGAGGAGUUUAACAGUCUCUGCCCGUACAGGGGGGCUUUUUACAGUGCCCUAAUUUUGUCUGCCUGUUAGAAACUUGAUGUGUCCUGGAUCGCUUCCCAAUCAGAAAAACAGAACAAUUAUGGCACCGUGAGGGAAGGAAGGGAAGGGGUUGAAGAAAAGAUGGGUCCUGGGGGGAUUACCCCACUUGGUCUCUGAUGACGUCUGUUGCCUAUAACCUUAUUUUGGGCUCUGAGAACAUAUGCUUUGCAUCCUGUGGAGCGGGAAGAGCCUCAUCCACCCCAACAUUUCAAUCUGUUAGACACAUGCUUCCCAUUUUUAGGUUGUCAUCCUGUUACACCCUGUUGACAUGAAAAAUGGCGUCAUUUUUCGUACGGUGUGAUCAUGGUAUUUCACAUAAUGUUUUGAUUCUGACUUUUUAAAUGUGCAGUUGUUUGAGGUCAUGUCCGUGGUAUUCCACAAGUUUCCACAAGGAAUUGUUCUUUGGUCCAGAUAAUAUUCAUCACCUAUCAUAGGUCUUUAUCCAACCUGUUAAAUGUAUAGAAUAACCAUAAGCUUUCAGUUACAUCCCUUAAGUCACACCUGGAAAACAACAGGCCUACACAUUUAAGGUGUCUGGUCUAUAUGCCUGAGAAGCACACACAAACAGGAAGAAGAAAAAAACAAAAUCAAACAUCUGUAUUUCAUAACAUUUUCCCUGACAAGGAAUUUUAGUUUCCACCCCAACAUGGAAAAGCAAUGUUUUGUGUGAGCAGUACGGUUGGACAUUUGAAUCAUUCCACAGAUUACAGAACUGUAAAGUCACCCAGCUCACCACAGACUGUAAUUAAAAGCACAACAGGUCCUGGUCAGGUUUUUAUAGUUUGUGAUUAAGUGUGUGUUCAGCUCUUCAGCUGAGCUCCUCACUGACCCUGUCCUAAAAGAUGUGUUUUCUUCAUAACCCUUUAUAGGGCACUCAUUGAAAUCGUUGGAAAAUCUAAAUUCUAACUUCAGAAAGUUAAUGGGGGAUGUUUCAGGACAUUUAAAAAAAAAAAAAAAACAAUCAAUAUUUUUCAUCUUUGCACAGCAAAUCAAGGUCAAUGAAGUUACCAUACAGUAUGUCCUUGCCUGUCUGGGUAAAAAAGUAUAUCCCUGAUCAUGUUUCUUUUUAACAAGAGUAUGGUUUACUUAUCCUGUUAGUCGAUACACCAAUGUGGAAAAGUUCAACAAAA